AUGCAUUCAAAUGAGCCUUCUGCUGUAAUGUCCCAUGUGGAUGAAGAUGAGGUCCAGAGUUCUGACUAUGCCGUCCGAGAAGAGGAUCUGAAGGGCAAGCCAAUCAACGAGCUCUACCGCUUUCGCCUCUUGGUUGCAGCAUUGUUCGCCAGUAUCUGCGUCUCCGCAAUGUUCGGAUUUGGCCUGGUCGGCGCGUAUAUUCAAGAACGUUACAACUUUACCCAGAGAGAGCUAACAACAAUCACUACAGUGGGCUCCAUGCUUGGGCAAUUCCUCCUUCCGUACGGUGCACUCUACGACUUUGCCGGACCCAAGCCGGUUCUCUGUAUCUCAGUCACUUUUUUUUGCCUGGGUACUGUGCUCUUGGUGUUGGUGUUUCUUGACCACUUGGAGGGUACUGUCGUGAAUUUUUCUAUAUUCUACGCUUUGACAAAUAUUGGUUGUACGACAUUCGACUUGGGCUCGCUUGUUACAGUUCUCGCGUGGUUUCCGCGCAACCGCGGACAUGUCGUUGGUUUGCUGAAGACAAUGACCGGGCUAGGAAGUUCCGUUCUCUCGACGAUUUAUAUGUGCUUCUUCUUGGGUCAGUACACGAACUUCUACUUAUUCCUAAUUGCCUUUGUUUUCGUGUUUGGGGGACUGAACCUCCUCCUGCAGACGUUGCCGUCGUAUCACCUCGUUGGUUGGCAGAGGUGGCGCUACACGAAGGAGAAGCAGGAAGAACUGGAGCGCACUGAAGACGUAUUUCUACUACAGAAGCCUCCCAUGUACCGCUUCGUCUUUGGCUUUGUUGUGAUUCUGAUGCUUCUCGUGUUUCUCGUCACUGUGAAUUUUGUGGUUGCAUUUUUCACUGUGAGCCAGACUGCUCGCGUUGUCUUUGCGGCUGUGGCAAUCGCCCUCGUGGUCCUAUUGAGUGGGCUUUGCCUGCCGCUGCCGUUCUUGUCGUUGGCAUCCGCAGAUAAGGGAACACUGAUGCGGGAGCGCUUGACAGAGGUCGUCUCGCCGCCGUACACCACAUCCUUCUGGCACAACCUUCUAACACCUGAUUUGUGGGUGAUUUUUUUUGUUGGUUUCUGUGUGGAGGGUGCAGAGCUGGUCAUCAACGACAACAUUCCGCAGGUCUACAAGGCCAUUGAUAGUAUCUUUGACGAGCGCCGUAACGCCUUGUACGUUUCGCUCCACGGUCUUGGUAGUGGGUUCGGUCGAAUCUUGAUGAGUCUCUACGAGGUUUACACGCAGCGCGGUCAGAUUGAGCAGCGUACGCUCAUCACAACGUCUUACUUUUUCGCGCCGGUGCUCAUGAUCGUCGAGUAUAUUCUUUUCCUUACGGUUCCACCGGAUGGGUUAGCCGUUCCUUUUUUCUUGAACGGUUUCGCAAAUGGAUGCUAUGCUGCAUCCAUUGUGUUGACAGUCCGCACACUCUACUGUUGUGAUGUGGCGAAACACUAUAACCUCAUGUCAGUCGCGACGAUGCUGUCAAUCCUCAUCCUCAACCGCUUCACAUUUGGAGAACUGUAUGAUCACCAUGCCAACGCUGGUCACGGUGGGGUGGACGGGUCGUGUCACGGACGCGUGUGUGUUCGUGAAAUCUUUCUUAUCAUGCUCGCGCUGACGGUCGUUGGGUUACUGCUGACGGGGUGGUUGCACCACCGCUACCGUGGCUACGUGCGUUUAAAGAUAUCCGAGGCGAAGGAGCCUCUGGAAACUGAGAACAGUGAGGUGAAGCGAGAAGGGAUCCGCAAAGAAACAGAAAAUAAAGAUGAAAACGAAGUGGAUGGCGACGGAAAAACGGAAGCUGGAAAACGAGAACCAGACAAAGAAUAA